AUGAGCUGUCCACAUAUCAACAACAUAGCAGGUAGCUUGAGACCGCCCACCGUGGCUCAGCAGGUACAUAGAGAGGAGUGCACGCUCUGUUUCGAUGGACAGGACGACCCAGAAGGUGUCUUGGUCUGCUUACAGUGUUUCAACGGAGGUUGUUUCGGCGAAGGAAGGAGACAUGCGUAUCUGCAUGCGGAGAAGACGGGUCAUCAUCUUGGGGUGGUAGUCAAACGUACGAGGAAAGAGGGGAAGAAAAGGGAUUCGACCGAACCUCCAAUGAAGAAACUUGCUAUUUCCGCUCCAAAAGAUGAAGAACUAUACAACGUUUCCACUUCGUUACGAUGUUUUAGCUGCUCUCCCGUGGGAGAAGCUAUACAUUCCGAUGAUGAAAAGGUCAAAUUCGUUGUAGAAGGUAUAAUGAAAGCCCUCUCGUCAGCACAACAAUCAGAAGUCAAAGCGUGGGAAGAAGAGAUAUUACCUUGUGAACAUACUUUGACAUUACAGCAGGAACCAGUCAUAAAUAUUGGUCAUGUCCCAUCACAAUGCUCUUCCUGUGAUCUCACUUCGAAUUUAUGGCUUUGUCUAACUUGUGGAUUGGCAAAUUGCGGAAGACAGCAGUAUGGUGGUAUAGGUGGGAAUGGACAUGCUCUGGAGCAUUUCAAGGACACUGGACAUAUGUUAGGUGUCAAGAUGGGGACUAUCACCCCCGAGGGUACAGCAGAUAUCUAUUGUUAUGCUUGUGAUGAUGCGAAGGUAGAUCCGGAUCUACCCAGACAUCUACAAGCGUUCGGCAUAGAAGUUCUGGGUCAGACCAAGACUGAGAAAUCAAUGACUGAGUUGCAACUCGAACAAAACCUCAAAUUCGAUUUCUCGAUGACUGGCGAUGAUGGGAAAGAGCUUGAGCCUGUAUUUGGACAAGGCCUAACUGGGUUGAAGAAUUUGGGUAACAGCUGUUACAUGGCUUCAGUACUUCAAACUCUCUUCUCGCUUCCCGCUUAUCGAUCACGUUAUACAUCUGAAACCGCUCAAAGCCACUUCCAAACCUGCCCUAAACUCCCUGCGGAAUGUCUUGAAUGUCAGAUGUUAAAACUCGGUGAUGGUCUGUUAUCUGGACGAUAUUCGCAUCGAGCCAAACUACCACCACCAUCAACGACCGAUUUCGAUGGCGAUGCCGAAACGCCGAGAUUCCAGGAAGGGAUUAAACCUAGUCAAUUCAAGGCAUUGAUAGGUAAAGGCCACGAGGAGUUUUCGACAAUGCGACAACAAGAUUCGGAAGAGUUCCUGCAACAUCUCCUUACAAAGUUACGAUCAGAAGCGAAAUCACAAGGAAGAAGUGAAUAUAAUGAACCUACGAGAAUGACCAAGUUUGGCAUGGAGCAGAAAUUACAAUGUACGGGAUGUAAGAAGGUGGGAUUACAAGUAGAACCUGUAGAUCUGGCGAGUUUACCUGUCGAUGCUAUCGAAGCUGGUACGGAUGAAGAAGGUAGAAAAGUUUGGAAGGAGGUACAAUUAGAAGACUGUAUCCAGGCUUUGUGCGGUGAAGAGACCAUUGAGGGGUAUGAAUGUGAGACGUGUGGCGGGAAGAGGACAGCUAUAAAAUCAACAAAGUUCAAAACGUUCCCUGAGCUUUUGGUAUUGCACAUGAAGAAGUUCCAGCUGGUGAACUGGGUGCCAACGAAACUUGAGAUACCCGCAAAAGUUCCUGAUAUCCUCACUCUCGACUCUCUCCUUUCUCAGGGCCUCCAACCAGGAGAAGAGGAGAUGACUAUCAAAUCCACUUCUUCCGCACCUUCCCUACCCGAGUUCAACGCUACUGCCAUGUCUCAACUCGAAGCUAUGGGAUUCCCUACUGUCCGUUGUCAAAAGGCUUUGUUGGCUACUGGCAAUUCUGAUGCUGAAGUGGCUAUGGGUUGGCUGUUUGAACACAUGGAAGAUCCCGAUAUCGAUUCUCCCAUACAGCUACAAGCUCCUUCUCACGCAGCUACCAGCGAACCUUCGCCUGAUCAAAUUGCUAUGAUAAGUGAUAUGGGAUUUACAGCUAAUCAAGCUAGGAAGGCGUUAAGGGAGUCGGAUGGUAAUCCCGAAAGAGCCAUCGAGUGGUUAUUCUCCAACCCAGAUGAUCAAGGUGAAGAUUCAGCUCCUCUUGGUGUGACUGCUCCUUCAUCUGAAAGUAAAGCGGAAGAUGCCAUUGGAGGAUCAGAUUCGUUACCUGCUGAAUAUCGAUUGAAAGCUUUCAUCUCUCACAAAGGACCUUCAGUCCAUUCUGGACAUUAUGUCGCUACAAUUAGGAACCCACAACAAACUGGGAACGAGGACGAAUGGGUUUUGUUCAACGAUGAAAAAGUUGUGAGAGCUGGGUCAGGGGGUGGGGAAGACAUGAGGGAGAAGGCUUAUUUGUAUGUAUACGAGAGGGUGUAG